CAGCCGGUCCUAACAGAAAAAAAGAAUAAAAAACAUAAAAGAAGAUGAGCCCAAAUAUCUCCGUUUGCUGUUUAUCUCUGCUCUUAGUGCUUAAUUUCGUUGGAGCUAAAGACGUUUCUGAUCUACAGAGAUUGAAGCAGCUUCUGGAAAAGGAGAUUAAUGUCGCGCCAUACUACUCCUCGGAGGAGAUGGAGGUGGAAAUUAAAGAUGGAAACACAGACAAGUCGGUGUUCGGAGCUUCCGAGGAACAGCCGUGGGACUCCUCCGACCCCAGCAACUCUGCGCUGGCGGCCAAACAAAGCGUCCUCGCGCUUCUCUUCAAAGACCUCGUGAGGACCUCCAAGCGCUCGUGGAACCGGUACAAGAAAGGCGGGCUGAGGAGCUGCUUUGGUGUCCGGUUAGAUAGGAUCGGUUCCUUCAGCGGGCUGGGAUGCUGAAUGUGUGGAUGACGCAGAGUUUUCCCAUCUGCACAUCAGUGUGACCAUAAGCUCCUCUGACACUCAAAAAGCUUUGACUGACACUUUGAUGGGCGAUUAUUUCAGUCUCUCCUGUCUAUGGUUCUCAUUCAGAACUGUGAUUUCCUUGUUCAUGUGUGAGCUGUUAAUAAAUGAUUGUAAAAGUAUUUAUUAUUUAUUAUUUUCUUGUUGAAUAAAGAGGAGUUGCCUUGUAACAGA